AUACACAACAAAGUAGCCUUUGAACACAUGUGAUGGGACAAUCGAGCACCGUGGUCAACUGAAAAACGUCGAGCUUAAAUCUCAGCUGCUUUGUUUUCUUGUCCUUCUUUCCUGCCUGAACAAUGAUGAACUCACAUUACUGCCACUAACUCAUAAGCAUUGUGUUCCAUGUAAACGUGUACAAUUGAACUUGCUGGUAGUAAAUCAGUAUUACCGCCGCUAAAAAUGUCUCAGGAGAGUGCACAUGGCAAAUGGACACUUUCCAGUAGUGAUGAUGAUGAUGAUCUGCCGCCAUCCCAAACAAACAACAUCAAAACAGAACGAGUAGAACCCCCUAAACAAGACACAAGGAAGACGGAACCAGUAACAAGGAAGGUUGAUUCUUUCUUCCACUCGAACACAGACACCACCGAUGGCAAAUCUGAGCCAUCCUUAGUGGUGAGGAAGGAGAAGGAGAAGCCCUCAGUCCCAGUAAUGGGCUCGGAGGCCAGGCAGACAGCUCAUGCCAACCAGCAGCAGCCAAUGCCGUUUCCGAGCCUGAAGAGAGGGAGUGAUACGGAGAACGCAGGGGCAGGCUGGGCCCUGUCGAGCAGCGAUGACGACGACGACAACAAAGACAAGGGCAUCCAAGCUGGACAGCAGGCCCAACCCAAAAAAGCAGCCCCAGUCCAGUCCAGUCCCAAAAGGGUGAAGAAAGAGGAUACUCGGCCACCCAGCCCCCACGGUCGGACCUAUUACAUCGACGAGCCUCCAGACUACUUCGAAACCAGCAUCAACGAGGAGACUGAGACGUACCGUUUCUAUCUAAACAAAGUGGUGGGGCUGGACAAGAAGUACAACACUGGAGCCGUGCACAUCAGAGAAAUUCUCUCCCCCAUGUUUGGAACUCUGAAGGAGUCCGUGCAGUUCAACUACUGCUUUGAUAUCCCUUGGAUGGUGAAACAGUACCCUCCAGAGUUCAGUGAUAAACCUGUCUUGAUUGUUCAUGGCGAGAAGCGCGAGUCCAAGGCCCGAUUAAUCCAGCAGGCACAGCCAUAUGCCCACAUCCGCUUCUGCCAGGCUAAACUGGAUAUUGCCUUUGGCACACAUCACACGAAGAUGAUGUUGCUCUGGUAUGUGGAGGGGUUCCGGGUCGUCAUCCUCACGUCUAACAUGAUCCGCGCCGACUGGUACCAGAAGACACAGGGGAUGUGGAUGAGCCCACUGUACCCACUCUUGCCUGAGGGAAGCCCUGAGACUGCCGGGGAGUCUCCAACCUUCUUCAAGAGGGACCUUGUUGAGUACCUGCAGGCCUACCGGGCCCCCGAGCUCAGCGAGUGGAUCCAGCGCAUCAAAGAGCAUGACCUCUCAGAGACCAGCGUUUACCUGAUUGGCUCAACACCUGGGCGUUAUGUGGGAUCUGAUAUGGAGAAGUGGGGCCAUCUCCGACUGAGGAAGCUGUUAAAUGAGCACACCAGGCCUGUGCCGAAUGAGGAGGCCUGGCCUGUGAUUGGUCAGUUCUCCAGCAUCGGCUCCAUGGGAUUGGACAAGACCAAGUGGCUGGCCGCAGAGUUCCAGCGCACGCUAACCACACUGGGCAGAGGAGGGAAAUCAGUCAGGCCAGAACCGCCCAUGCUACUGGUGUACCCCUCGGUGGACGACGUGAGGAGGAGUCUGGAGGGCUACCCAGCCGGAGGCUCCCUGCCCUACAGCAUCCAGACAGCCCAGCGCCAGCUCUGGCUUCACAACUACUUCCAUCGGUGGAGUGCAGAGACAACAGGAAGAAGCCAUGCGAUGCCCCACAUCAAAACCUACAUGAGGGCUUCUCCAGACUUUACAGAGCUUGCCUGGUUCGUAGUCACUAGUGCCAACCUGUCCAAAGCCGCCUGGGGAGGACUUGAGAAGAACAACACGCAAGUGAUGGUCCGCUCAUAUGAGUUAGGAAUUCUCUUCGUGCCGUCCGCCUUUAACAUGAGCACGUUCCGUGUGCAGAAGAACGUGUUCUCUGUUAAUGGAGGUUCCUCUGGGUUCCCCGUGCCUUUUGACCUGCCACCUCAGCGCUACUCCAGCAAAGAUCAGCCUUGGGUCUGGAACAUUCCGUACACCCACGCCCCGGACACUCACGGCAACAUAUGGGUCCCAUCCUGAGGUAGUCCAGCUGUGGCAUCCCCCGCAUGGCUCAAGGACAAUAUUGAGUGGUCAGAGAGAGGGACAUAUGUCUGAGACACUGCCAUCGGCUCUUCCUGUCUGUCUGUCUGUCGGGCAGGCAUCAUAUCACCACUGCUGACGCUGUCUAGUAAAGUAGAGGAAUCUGUCAGUCAAAUGGAGUUAAAAAUGUUUUUGUUUACCUCCUGUAGUGUUGAUAAUAAUGUAGUGAUGCCGUAAACACAAGACUCGUUAGGUAUAAGUAAGUAUAGUAAGUAUAUCUUGUGUGUCACAAAGGUAUGUUUUCUUUUUGUAUGUUGCAACUAAUAAAAUGUGUUUGUAACAUG